UUUUGAUAAAGGACUAAUUUGAAGAGAUGUUGCUGAUUGUGGUAACACUGAGCACACUGGUGAGUCUGGCUCACUUAGCCCCUCAUGGGUGCAGUCACGAUGGCAGCGAGUACAGAGUCAACCAGAUAAUAACGAUCGGAUGUGAUGAGUGCGUCUGUUUACCCGGCCACAUUAAGUGCCCAGCAACACUAAAGUGCCCCAGACAGUGUUUCUACAAGGGGAAUAGAUACGACCAUGGAACGAAGUGGUACAAUGACGAAACAUGUGACAACUGCGAGUGCGAUGAUGGAUCUUUCACUUGUAUUAACCGAGAGUGCCCUGACAAGUGCUCAGUGAACGGAAUGAACUACGAUGUUGGGGAGAAGUUCAAGAAGGACUGUGAGAUGUGCACGUGUUACGGUAACGACAUUAUUCACUGCGAGGAGAAGGACUGCCCUUGUUUCAUCAACAACAAUAUCGUCUUUCACAAUGAUGUGAUCGAGCUUGGUAGAAUCGUGUACCGGUGUAUGGACGGUAGAAUGACUGAAGACGAGGAUAACCGAGUGCAUGGAGUGCUGAGGUACUUGACUACUGCCGAGAUCAAGGAACUUGAAAUGAAAUUGCUGGAGAAAGAGAAGAGGGAGAAACUGGUGGCACUUUAGGAGAAGUAGAUGUUUGCUUUCAGGCACGAGCUGGGUUAAGAGGAGGGGAGAUUUUCCAGAAUUUUUAUUAAAGGAAUGUUGGGCAGGGAUUCCGAAACAAUUUACUUGCAGAUAUUACAAAUGUCACUAGGGAAGGGGUACCAGGAAUUGAUCAAUGUCGUGCGCUAUAUUUUAUUCAUGUAUUAUCAUUACAAUUUCGAAUUAUAAUAGAAACCUUUCAAUUUUAAAUAGCAUUACUGAACGUUGCAGUGUAAAAUAUUUAUAAUAAUCCUUAGCAAAAAAUGUAUUCGAAGAUCUUUCAUGAGGCUUGUAC